UGGCCAUAGCCUGCCCCAAAUUCUACCCAUCCUGCCGCACCACCAUGUACCGAGCACUCCGACUCCUCGCGCGCUCGCGUCGCCUUCUGCGAGCUCCCGCCUCGGCCUCCGCUCCCUGCCUGGCCGGCGUGCCCAUUCUCCAGCUCCGGCUCCCGAACGCCGCUCGCAUGGCCAGCCAAAAUGCCUUCCGGAUAGAGUAUGAUACCUUUGGUGAACUGAAGGUCCCAAACGAUAAGUACUAUGGUGCCCAGACCGUGAGAUCUACAAUGAACUUUAAGAUUGGAGGUGCCACAGAGCGCAUGCCAAUCCCAAUUAUUAAAGCUUUUGGCAUCUUGAAGCGAGCGGCUGCUGAAGUAAACCAGGAUUAUGGUCUUGAUUCAAAGAUUGCUAAUGCAAUAAUGAAGGCAGCAGAUGAGGUAGCUGAAGGUAAAUUAAAUGAUCAUUUUCCUCUCGUGGUGUGGCAGACUGGAUCAGGAACCCAGACAAAUAUGAACGUAAAUGAAGUCAUUAGCAACAGAGCAAUUGAAAUGUUAGGAGGUGAGCUUGGCAGCAAGAAACCUGUGCAUCCCAAUGAUCAUGUUAAUAAAAGCCAGAGCUCAAAUGACACUUUUCCCACAGCAAUGCACAUUGCUGCUGCAAUAGAAGUUCAUAAGGUGCUGUUACCAGGACUACAGAAGCUACACGAUGCUCUUGAAGCAAAAUCCAAAGAAUUUGCACAGAUCAUCAAAAUUGGGCGUACCCAUACUCAGGAUGCUGUUCCACUUACUCUUGGGCAGGAAUUUAGUGGUUAUGUUCAACAAGUGAGUUAUGCAAUGGCAAGAAUAAAAGCUGCCAUGCCAAGAAUCUACGAGCUCGCAGCUGGGGGCACUGCUGUGGGGACUGGGCUAAACACCAGAAUUGGCUUUGCAGAAAAGGUCGCUGCAAAAGUCGCUGCACUCACAGGCUUGCCUUUUGUCACUGCUCCAAAUAAAUUUGAAGCUCUGGCUGCUCAUGACGCUCUGGUUGAGCUCAGCGGGGCCAUGAACACCACUGCUUGCAGUCUGAUGAAGAUCGCAAAUGACAUUCGUUUUCUGGGUUCUGGUCCUCGGUCAGGCCUGGGAGAACUGAUCUUGCCUGAAAAUGAACCAGGAAGCAGUAUCAUGCCAGGCAAGGUGAACCCCACUCAGUGUGAGGCAAUGACCAUGGUUGCAGCCCAAGUCAUGGGGAAUCAUGUCGCUGUUACUGUUGGAGGCAGCAAUGGACAUUUUGAAUUGAAUGUUUUCAAGCCAAUGAUGAUUAAAAAUGUGUUACACUCAGCCAGGCUGCUGGGAGAUGCUUCAGUUUCCUUCACUGAAAACUGUGUGGUAGGAAUUCAGGCCAACACAGAAAGGAUCAACAAGCUAAUGAGUGAGUCUCUGAUGUUGGUGACAGCUCUUAAUCCUCACAUAGGGUAUGACAAGGCAGCAAAGAUCGCUAAGACAGCACACAAAAAUGGAUCAACCUUGAAGGAAACUGCUAUUGAACUCGGUUUUCUCACAGCAGAGCAGUUUGACGAGUGGGUAAAACCUAAGGACAUGCUGGGUCCAAAGUGAUUUUAAAUAAAUUUAUAUAAAAACAAACAAAUAAAAUUUAAAAAAUGA